AAACCUAGUCUUGCAUGUCGAUCCUGAGCAGCCAUCAGACGAGCAACGAGGAGGGUGGGUCGUAUGAUGACGACCUUGGCGGAGACGCGCCGUCGUAUGACCAUACACAACCACUCGUGCCGUCUCGUUCAAACCAGGCUGGAGAGAUGACGGAGAGCGUGGAAACUCGAACAUUGAAUCGAAUGCUACCUCGCGCCAAUAGGGUUGGCGGCAGGCAUAAACCGAUCUAUGUACCUGACGAACCUCAGCCGACGAACGGUGGCCCAAAUCCCGCCCCGCAGCCACGGAGUCGAAAUACCCACAGUACCAUAGUGGAGGCGAACAUAUGCAUCGCGACGGACGCGAACGAUACGAACAUCAAGCUUCUCACCGAGGUCAAACACCGCGUCGAAUUGACCCUCUUGGACUUCUUGGUCGACUACGAACGCAGGGUAUGGAUAGCCGCCGGCGAAGAGUCCAGUCCACGCCCGCAUAACCACGCCAUGUCCCUCCAGGAGCCCCAUGCAUAUCCCGCCCCUUCGAUGGAUACGUACAAGGAAUCUUACUCUCCCAGGUCCCACGCAAUUCCAAUUCCAGAGACAUUUGACAUGCCCCUGGACGCGCCGCCCACGUCCUACGAUCAAUCGAUACGGCGCGCCUCGAGCCCUUCAUCGGAUUCCCAUGCCUCGUCCCCGCCUUCCCCGAUCCAUUUCGAAUCGUCCUCGUUGCAAAUUGGCGGGACCACUCGCGACCCUGAGCCCAACCAGGUCGACGCAGACGCGUUGACGCGUUCUCCGAAGAAGAGGAAGAAGAAGCCGAAGAAGGCUAAAGGGAAGGCCGCUCCUCCUGGGCACGCGGCGUCGUCCAACCCCUCCCUGGCGCCGCCUCUGGAACUCGCCCCGCCGUCUUCUCCGCUCCCCGUCCGAAAACACCCGAGCGCAAGCGCUGGCGUGCACACCUGCGUCAGCACGGGCUGCAUCGAUCCCUUCUGCCUCCGGCGCACCAAGCGCACCGCGCCGCCGAGCCCGCUCAUCGAGCUCGAGAAGCUCGUCGCGGACCUGCCUCCCCACCCGAACAUCGACAUGGACCGGAUGGUCGACAACCUUCGAAGGAUGGUUGCAAUCCACGAGGAGUGCGACCGCGAGGUCGAUCACUCGCAGGCGGCGCUACGAAUGGAAGGCGACUCCGUCCAGGAGGUCGCGCUCCGGCUCGACCUCGUGCAGGCGUGCGAGCGCAGGCUGGAAAGGCUGCGUGGGGAGUACAUGAAGCGGCUGCAGGAGGUGCAGCAGAGCAUCGACGUGUUUCGGGAGGCGUCUCGCCCGCCCCCAGCUAAGGCAUGCCCGGUCCACGGGCAACGUUCUUGAAUCGACGACGACGACGACGAUAUUUAUGAUUCGUACCAUGUAUCUACCAUAACCAAGGGGAAGCUUUU